ACCGACAAAGGGAUGUGAAGCACCUCAAGAACCAUUGGUACAAAACAACAAAGAAGGUAACCUCUUUCAAUGGCUGCUAUAACCAGAUGAGAGAUACCUAUGCGAGUGGCCGGUGUGAUAAACAAUUGAUGCAGCAAGCGCUAGACCUGUACCAAAGCCGCAAUGGGCACCAGUUCCUGUAUGUGCAUUGGUGGGAAGCUGUGAAAGACAGCCAAAAGUGGAAGAUUCAUGUAUACACAGAAGGAGAUGGAACAAAGAGGUCAGCACCAAUACCAACUGAGAAUGCUCAGCGUCCCCCAGGAACAAAGAGGGCGAAGAAAGCUACAGGAAAAGAUAAGGAAGCACCUACUGAGAUGAAUAACAUGAAAGAACAGAUUGAGGCCUUUCUACAAGCACAAGCUGAUGCUAAGGAGCGAACUGCUGAGAUGAUGGAAUUGCAGAGUCGACUAUCUGCUCAGAAGGUAGAAGCUAAUCGACUUGCAUAUGAGGCAGCAAAGGAGAGGACAGUGGCCAAGUUAGCAGAGGAAAGAACAAAGUUGUUUGACAAGUUCACAGAUAUGUUGAAUGCUGACACAACAAGAAUGGAGCCAUGGGCAAAGGAGAUGCAUAUGAAGGCUGUUACAAGAUUGGGGGAUCAACUUUUCAGGGAGGAAUAGAAGAUGUUCUACAUAUAUGUCAAAAAAAGCGGAUUUCAUGUGCCAGGAAGCGUAGAAGAUGUGAGAUUUUUUUUUUGGAAUGAGAAGAAUCAAAGGAUACAACAAAAAAUUCAGUCUGAAAUUUGAUUUGUGUGUUUACAAAUCUUUCCUUUAUGGGUAUUUGAAACCUUAAGAUUAUUCUGUUACUAUG